UGUUCCUACUGCCGGAUAUUUUCACAAAUUGUUGCUUAACAUCACUGACUGCUUUCUUUUGUCAUCUACUGGCUGAUUUUGGGGCCGUAAUCACUGCCAUUGUUUCCCAAGAAAUCACGUUACAUUCGCAAGUUCAGUGCUUGUUACCCUUGCACAAAUGCGCAUUUGUUAUUUCUUGAACUUCGGGCACACUAUGCUGAUGCACUUAAGCAAAAGCAGUUGGCGAAUUCGGCGUUAAUACACUCAGAAAUUUAACAUUCAGGAACGUAGCAGUGCGGUUUUACGCCCUAAAGCACUGUUGCACCCAGAUAUUUAUCGGUAAAUCAUGCUUUCCACUCAAAUAAAUCAUUAAUCAGUGCAACAAACUUUUCUGGAGUUCUCCAGAUUCAAACUCCUGCUAAUUUUCAAGAACGCAGCUUUAACAUGUCAAUAGUCAAACUCCAGCUGAUUGAUUCAACUGCUGGAAGCUGAAUUGGAGCGUUGCCACGUUGAGCAUAAGUAUUUCUUACUUUGCCCAUGGGAACGUACCAGCGCAGUGUAGAUUUCCGGGCAUAUGAAACAUUUUGGGCGGUUUGGCACCGAUGCGCUGCUGAUGUUUGUUUACUUUCGGUACUUUGUCAGUGUUUUUCGCCAAAUGCUGUUCAGGUUUAGAAAAUAAUGAAAUUCGCAUUUAUACAAAGUUAAGAAGCACCCUGGCCAACCGGCACAACCUGAGGAAGUUGAGCUAUACGGUGUUCGAAAAUUUUUCCUUGAUCAAUUAGGUUCCAUGGUUAACGGUUGUAUUUAGUAAAAAAAAACAAUGCGUACCAAAAAAGCGCGUAACCGCAACGUGCCGAAUCCCGUAGCGCGCGGUUUCCCAUCCUUUUACGAGCCCUCGUUCAAAAAGACGGUUAUUCUGUUCGCUGAGCAGAAGAACAAUCAGGAGGCGCACAAACGCUACGGAAUCGCCGAUGAAACCAUCCGACGCUGGAGGAGGCAGAAGAAGGAGAUUCUGGGCCAAGCCGACCAGUCGAUCCGAAGAUCACAAAGGCGACACGGAAACUUCCAGGACUCCGCCCAAUCCGUGCAGAGCAAAAGCCAGGAGGAUGCGGCGGAGGGCUCGGCCACACACGACUUAGAUUCCAUGCCGUUGCAACAACGACUGUCUCAGAGUUUCAAUCAAGAGCCCUUCGCUGCCCAGCCGGACCAGGAGAGUGUGUUGCAAAGCUUAGCACUUUCGCCUACAAAGCUGAAGGUGACACGGCAAGGCAAGUCCUCGACGCAGCCCCUAACGUCUCAAGUUCCACCUCCACAGGAGGUUUGCCUCAAAUGGAACACCCAUCACAUCAACAUGCAGUCGGCAUUCCCAACUCUCUUAACUAAGGGCCAGUAUGUGGACGCCACUCUGGUGGCCGAGGGCAGGACUUUGAAAUGCCACAAGAUGAUUCUCUCCUCGUGCAGCCCGUACUUUGAGGAAGUUAUGAACGGCAUCGGCCCGUUGGAGCACCCGGUUUUGUUCAUAAAUUGGCCCUAUUGGGUACUGGAGGCGCUGUGUGCCUUCAUGUACGCUGGAGAAGUGAAUAUUAAGGAGAACCAGCUAAGUGACUUGCUCAAUGCAGCCACCAGCCUUAAGAUCAAGGGCUUGGCGACCCCCAGCCAAUCAAAUGAUUCCGGUACACAACCAAUCAAGCAAGAAGUGCGCUCAUCCACUCCAACUGCUGCGUCCGAGAAGGCUGUGAAGGAAGAAAAUGACGAAGAGAUUAAGCUGGCCAAGCACGAGUUGAAGUCCAAGAAAAAGGAGGAUAAGAGGACGAAAAAUGCCAGCCAACCGGCGAAGGCCAAACCGCCGGAGGCCCCUCUCCUCAAACUGCCACCCAGGUUAUCGGCUGCUACCAAGACAGUGGCCAGUGUGGUCAAGCCUCUUGCAAAGCCGUUGCCCAAACCAGUGACCACAAGAGGCGCUCUCAUGGCCCGAAGAGCGGAACCCGGUAGGAAGGCCGAAAAGUCCAAACCUGAGGGCCCGGGGCUCAAGGAGAAAGACAAGGACAAGACAAGACCGGUGUUAAGGAAGGGCAACAUCAACGAUCCGUUGGACUUGCUGCAGCCGGUCUAUGAGGAAAUAGCAAAAGUGCCGCUGCCGCGUCAAGCGGCAGCCAUUCUCAGGAACACGAAGGAAAAAGCUGGGGUUAGCAUCCGCAAGACCGUUGGCAGAAGAAUGAAGAAGCGCAAGCACGACCUGCUGGAUCGGGAUGAGUCGCCGCCUCCCGACCUCCAGUCGCUGAAAGGAACCCGAUCGCGACCGCAGGCCAAAGUCCCCAAGUUUUUCCACAGCCACUUUGACGACUCUCUAAAAGACCCUGCGGAGGCCACCAUUGUCCGCGAGCCCCACACCGACCAAAACGACCCUCUUAUUGGCGUCGAAGUGCAGGAAAUAAAGGCUGAACCUUUGGAUGUGGACGACAACGCCUUGGAGCUGGAAGAGAGCAGCCUUUCAACCUACAUGGUGGCAGCCCAUGAAAUGGGACUUGAAGGGGAGGAAAUCAUCGGCAACUACGACAGUCCGUUGGUGAACAUUAAACGGGAACCAAUCAAAAGCGGUCUUUCCAAAAAGGAGCUGCAUCCCUCGCCUGUGAUUGUGGAUGUUCACACGGUAUCCGAAGGCGAUGGAGGAUUGCUGACGAUCAAGAAGGAAAAGGUGGAAAUAGUGGAUAUUGCGAAAAUCAGCGCGCGAAUAGAGUCUGAGACGUUUAUCAGCACACCUGCGUUCCAUUCGGGCCUCGGCAUGCCAAAGCCAUCUCAGAUCAUCAUCAGUCACGUGCAGAGCAUGGCCGAAGAAAAUCUACCCCAGUUGCAGGAGAAACAGUCGCAUCCCAAUGAGGCCGAGUCUUUGGCUCCUGAUCCCGGUCUGCCUUGUGAACCGGACCCGUUGGACCUGCAUGAGUCGCCGGUCAUUCCAAAUUCUACCAAUGAUUGUCCCUCAACAGCUUGCAAGCCAACUGCAGACAAUUCCGACGGCCAGCCGGAGUUUGUGGUGCUCCAAAACCACCAACAUACGAACUUUGAAAGCGGAAGCCUGGGCAGUUUGGAAGGGCAUUUGGAAUUAGUCAACUUAAGUGAAAGUUCCAGGAUAGAGUCCAUUGCGGAGGAGAAGACAGUUGAACCGUCGGCAGCUAUAGAAGCACUUGAUUCCACAGAGGGAGCAGUUGUGGAGCCAAACCUGCCCAACAAGCUGCAUGUGGGACCAUUGCAAGCCUGCGAGGAACCGACGGCUGCUUUGCUAGGGGAUCCCGAGCUCACUGAGCCUCCCUUGGAAGAAUGGGCUGAUCAAGAACCUCCCAUGGAACCGAUGGUUAUUAGCCAAAACAGUGAGUCCUGCGAGCUGCUGGCGCAAAGCAACUGCCCGGCUGUAGAUGACGCUGUUUCGCCGGAGAGCGUGGAGAAAAUUGACAAAAUCGAGGCGGAACUGGAAGAAUGUCUGGCGUCCACUUCGGACUUGGCCCCAGACAAGCCCAUGUCAUUUGAAGACAAUGAAGACUUUUCCAAGGAUAUUGAGACUUUCAUCACGAAGAACAACUAUUUGGACUACGACUUUGUAACGGACGUGAGCAUGGAAGGGAAGAAUGACUGCCAGACUGAGAUACCAGAUGAACAGCAGGUUCCCGCAAGCAAACCAGAAGAAGAAGCAAAACCGGAAACUUUCCAGAAUGAAGACAGGAUUAAUUCAGUGGGAAAUAGUGAGGAUUUUCCAGGCUGUGCAGAGGACGCGCAACAAUUCCUUGCAGACCUGGAUAGCGACAUAAUCAUGGAUAGCGUGACUGGCCAGCGGCAACCGGAGAAAACCCUUGAAAUGAUUGUGAAUGAUUUGAACGAGAGUCUAGGAGAGUGAGGGUUUGGAGGCGGAGAAGCUAAAUUUCUCAGGGCUUUGCCAGUAGGAGCUGCGGAUGUUUCUAGUGAACCAUUUGCCAUAUUUACUUUCUUGAAUCCAUAGUUAGUUUCAGUUCAUGUCCUCGCCUGUAUGGGAUCAGGUUUUCCUAUUGGUCUUUUGAAGCUUUGUACAUAUAAAGAAUCAAGCGGUUUUUUAAAAUUAGAAUCCAUUAUCCACGUGGAUGUUUAGUCGGGUAGCAUCUAUGCUAGGUAUGGUAGCUGAGAUUUACAUUUGAAAUGCCUAGAUAAUCUUUUUUGUAGGGUUUUCGCUCGCUUUACGCAUUUUAUAUGAUUGUGUUUGUUACUGUGAUUUACUAUUUAUAUAUUUUUGUAGUUUAUACUGAGUAAACUAGCUUUAGAUUUAAGUUUUCCUACUUAUUCAGUGCGCCCUUUUCACUUUGCGGUGACACUUUCCAUUUGUAUAUUAGGAUGAUUAAAUAAGUUUAAUGUUGAA